CCUACGACGAUGGCAAAUGCAAAACAUUAAUAUAUCUUCACGGAACAAUCCAAAUAACAUAUCGGGCAACGCCUUACAACAUCCCUGUCAACUUUUGGAUUCCAACGGAGUAUCCUAAAGCCCCUCCCCUUGCAUUUGUAGCUCCUACACCUAACAUGAUAAUUAAACGGUCAAAUUAUGUUGACGUGAGCGGUAGAUGUUAUCAUCCGUAUUUGCAGAAUUGGGGCACUCAACAAAAUGAGGAAUCAAAUCUUGUUACACUUUGCACAAUUUUACAAAAUGUAUUUGGACAGAACUCACCAGUUUUUACCAGAACACCAUCCCAAUCUCCAACUCCACCAUAUUCACUUCAACCACCUACCAAUGGAGGUCAGAAUACUUUAACGUCACCAGUUCUUCAUCCUCGCUCUUUAAAUCCAAUAACACCACCUCCUUUACCACCUCCGCCACCCUAUCAGCAAAAUGUUUCUAGAAAAGAAAAUAGACCGAGGAGUCAUAGUGGAACU